AAGCGCCAAGGCUUGGGCAGUUGGCUAGGACCCUGCUGCGCAUGCGUGUGAACUACAGGGGUGGAUGCUGGGGUCGAGGCGUCAGAUGAACACCGCAGUUCCAGCCGGGGAGGAAGGUAAUGCUGUCCCUCUUUGCCGAGCGAAACCGUCCCCCAGCUAUGUCAAUCUUCACGCAAGUCUCCUGCCAGCCACUUCCCUGAACACCCAGCCAAAACACCUGCUGCCAGUUCACAAGCCCAAGGAAUGCCUAGGACUCCUGGAGUGUAUGUACGCUAACCUGCAGCUUCAGACCCAGCUCGCUCAGCAACAGAUGGCUAUUCUGGAAAACUUACAAGCAUCCGUGACAAAGCUGCCUCCUGGAAGAGAAAGCAAGAAGUCGUCUCUCCCGGCCUUGCUUCCUAAACUGUUGUUGAAUCGCCUGCCCCAAUUCAGCAAAUGAAUUGUGGAAAAAGUUA